AUAGCCUAUUGGAUCCGAGGUAAUUUCCACGCGAAAUGAUGAAAUAGAAAAAUGCGCCAAUACCAGAAAUUUUUUUUUUUGGGUCGAAAGCCAAUACUAGAAUUUAAUCGCACUCUUUUCCUGCGCAAAGCCAAUGCGAGAAAAUAGCUUAUGGUGAUGGUACAUAUAAGACGCUCGCCCGAUGUUUACUUCCCCACUAAGGAGAGAGACAGGAUCGCCUUCCUUUGUCGUUCCUGAGCAUUGUCGUCGUCGUCCUCGCGUUGUCGUCAUCGUGGUGGCCGUCUUCUGCCUUCUUUCUUCUGCUGCUGCUGCUUCUUCUUCGGCAAUGGAACACCUGAUGGGUCUUCUCAGGAUUCGCAUCCACCGAGGCGUCAACCUCGCCGUCCGAGACCUCAGGAGCAGCGAUCCUUACGUUAUCGUCAGGCUCGGCAAACAGAAACUAAAGACUCGGGUCGUGAGGAAGAACACGAACCCAGAAUGGAACGAAGAUCUUACGCUGACCAUCGCUGAUCCGAGCCUUCCCGUUAAACUGUUUGUCUAUGACAAGGAUCGGUUCAGCUUCGACGACAAGAUGGGGGACGCGGAGUUCGAGUUCGGGACCUUCGUGGAGGCGCUGCGGAUGCGCCUGGACGGGCUCCCGAGCGGGACCAUAAUCACCCGGGUCCAGCCCACCCGGCAGAACUGCCUCGCCGGCGAGAGCCGCGUCGUCUGGGCCGGCAGCAAGGUCGUGCAGGACAUGGUCCUGAGGCUGCGCAACGUCGAGAGCGGCGAGAUCGAGCUGCGGCUGGAGUGGAUCGACAUCCCCGGAUCGAGAGGGCUGUGAAAUCGUGUCGCGACCCUGCUCAAUACCACCCUCUCCAUGUGAUGUUCGGCGCUGUUCGGUGUACAGUUCAAUAGAGAAAGGACCCAGCCGAGUAAAGGUGUAUCCAAAGGGGGAGGCAUACAAUGAGAGUUCUUUGAUGGUGCUUCGUAGGAGAGGCAAAAAGAGCAAUGUGUACAUUGAAUUCCUUAAUUUGGACCGCUUGACCAUGGUGAAGAAAUUUGUUUUAAAUUUCCGGUCACCAAUCACCAAA